AUGCCCGCACGUGCCGCACGUGGACUGCUUACAACUUGCUCAGAAACCACAAUGGCUACCACGACAGUGCUGGCACUCCAUGGUCACUUCCAGAAUGCUGCGAUGUACUCCAAGAAGCUCGGCGCUCUUCGCAAGCACUGCGAGAAAUCCGUCGAGUUCGUCUUCAUCGAUGCGCCAAACGUCCUCCAACCAGUGGAUAUGGCGGGUGCUACUUCAACAGAGGCACUCGAGGCUUCCGCGACAGGAGGAGAUGCCCGAGCUUGGUUCAACUUUGACGACAGUCGCAACGAGGCCGUCGGUCUACCACAAUCACUCGAAACGUUGCGAGACGUGCUGAAGACGAGGCACUUUGACGGUGUGAUCGGGUUCUCACAGGGUGCUGUCGUCGCUGGUCUUCUCACCGCGCUCCUGGAGCGGCCCGAGGUCUACCCGGACUUCCUCGUCGAUGGAAAACCUCCUCACCCACCCUUUAAAUUUUGCAUCGCUGUGGCCGGAUUCCGCCUACGCGGCGCCAUCGGGGAUGCAGUCUAUUCCCAAAUGUACAAAACGCCAACACUGCAUGUCUUGGGGCGGAACGACAUCAUCGUCAUCGAAGAGCGAUCGAGGACGCUUAUAGCCGUCUCAGAGAAUGCGCGCGUAGAGCAGCACGACGGCGGUCACUUCUUGCCCUCCAAGACCAGCUGGCGCAAAUUCGUCGCGGCUUACAUCGCUGAUCCGACUGGGCCAGUCGUCUCACCGUCCGUUUCUGUGUCUGCAGACAACUCCGGCGUAGUUAGUCCGGCUUGA